AUGGAUAAGCUGCUGCUGCAAGGCUCCAACCUUUGUCCCACCGAACCUUCAUACGAUCUGGUGAAACACCUGAAUCAACUAAAAUCAAGAGCGAAGGAGUGCUUGCAGUUCACAGUUUCAGUGCCAAACUAUCUUUUUCGGUGCUUUCUGAAUGUGCAGGUCAUCACCCAUCCGCUCUACAGCACCAACACAUUCACCAAUGACAUUGCUUUGCUGAAACUUGCGUCUCCAGUUGUCUUCACUCCCCGUAUCUCUCCUGUAUGUCUGGCUCCAUCAACCAUCAACAUCCUGCCUGGAACCCGCUGCUUCACCACUGGAUGGGGCAGAACUGCCAUCACAACGAGUCCUAUGAUCCUGCAGCAGACAGGUCUGCCCAUCAUGAGUCCUGCUGUGUGCAGGCAGAUCUGGGGUCAGAGCAGAAUCACUGAUGCCAUGAUCUGUGCUGGAGCUUCUGGAUCCUCAUCUUGCCAUGGUGAUUCUGGUGGUCCUCUGGUGUGUGAGAGUAAAGGAGUCUGGAGUCUGGUGGGGUCUGUGUCCUGGGGCACCAGCACUUGUAGCACUGUUUACCCAGUAAUAUACGCCCGCAUCUCCCAACUGCGCUCCUGGAUCGACAAGACUAUCGCUUCCAACUAGAGCGCCAGUCUGAGCAUUUACCCUUCAAAGGAGGCAAAAAUAGAUUUUAAUCAUUAAUCUGUAUUACAGUUAGUCUUUGUUCAAGGUCUUUUUGAUUAUGACUUUUGGUCUUGUUUCAGUCUGGGCUCCAGUCACCUGUCUGUUAUGUUACUGUUUUGUUUUAGCUUCGUGUUACGUUACAGUUUUAUACAAAUAUUGACAAAUGUUCAAUAAAAUGAAAUGUUUAAAAUAAAUUGAAAUUUACCAUGAUCCACAUACAGUACUGAAAACAAAAUGAAAUGUUUCCCUUUAAUGUAAGUAGUUUUAAAUAAUGCUAAAUAAUUCUGACUGCAGAUUUAGCUGCACUUUUAUGAGCUCUACUUUUAUGACUGUCUGUUAUUCUACUGUAAGUGGAUGACUUAGUAAUACUAUUUUUAUUCUAUGAUUUAUAAAAUUAGC